UGAGCUGUAGAUGUUUUAGGCUGUAGGUGUUUUGAGCUGUAGGUGUUUUAGGCUGUAGAUGUUAGCCGUGACUCUGACUCUGACAGUAGGUUUAAAGGUGUUGAUUAGCUCAGCUCACUCAGCUGUUCUGAGCUCAUGGAGGAGUUAAUGAUCAGGUUUCUGUGUUGUGGAAAAGGUUAAAAGGUUUGGGUUGAACUCCAGCAGACACUCUAGCACCUCAGACACCAUGAGUUCAUCAGCCUUCAUCAUCUUCAUCUUCACUCUGCUGCAGGGCUUUGCUCUGAGUACUAAGAAUUCUGAGGAGUUCAAUGCUGGAACCACAAAAGGUUCAGAUAAUAUGAAGAACAGUGUGAAAACUGCAAUGGACACCAUCAUAACAGUGAAUGACGAUCAGGAAGUGUUCGCGGUGGACGGGGUCAGAAUCAGAGAGGGAGACAUCGCUGUGUCCAGACACAAUGAGAGGAGCUGCUUCGCACAGAGCUGCCUGUGGAAUAAGUCUGUGGAUGGUCAUGUUUAUAUAGCCUACACGCUCUCGCCGCUCUACAGUGAGCUGGAUGAGAGUGGAAUAAAGCGAGGGAUGAAGCUGAUAGAGAGAGGGACGUGUGUGCGCUUCGUUCCUAAAACACAUGAGAAAGAUUACCUGGACAUUCAGCCCAAAUCAGGGUGCUGGUCGUAUUUCGGCGCCACUGGGGGCAGACAGGUUCUCUCCCUGCAGACUCCAGACUGCGUGGGUGCUGCGGUGGUCUCUCAUCAGCUGAUGCACGCUCUGGGCUUCCUCCACGAGCAGUCCCGUGCUGACCGUGACAAAUACAUCAGCAUCCUAUGGAAAAACAUUUGGAAAGAUCGCCUGAGGAACUUUGAGAGGUUCAGAAUAAACAACAUGGACACGCCAUACGACUACGGCUCCAUCAUGCACUUCGGAAAGUAUGCGUACUCCGAGGAUGGGAAUCCCACUAUCGUCCCAAAGCGGAACCAGAGCGCGAGGCUGGGACAGGCCCUCGGUCCCAGUAGACUGGACAUCAUUAAAAUCAACAAACUGUACAAGUGUGAUUAA